AUGGCACUAGUUGAAAAUAAUACUAAAUCGAGCUUAAAAAGUGAUCCGGAGAUAAACAAGAUUGACACAAGUUCACCUGAUCAUACAGUUAAAAAAAGGAAUAGACCAAGUCUAGUUUGUUUUCCAUGCAGAAAAAAGAAGAUCAAAUGUGAUAGAGGUAAGCCUUGUAAUGGUUGUUUUAAAAAUGGCAUAAUUGAGGAAUGUACUUAUGAUGAAAGGUUAAAUAAUAGAAAGAGGCCAAGAAAGAAUAACAACCCUACUGCCGGAAGGAAACCAAAAAAUGUAUUAGUUUCAAAGUCAUCAUCAGGAAAUAUAAAUGGUACGCUUUCUUCUCAAAAUGAUGUUUGUGUGAUACUUCAAAAAUCAGAGUUAGAAGCUUUACAAUCCAAAAUUAAAAGAUAUGAAACAAUGAUAAAUGAUAAAAUUCUAAAAUCACCAGGACCUAGUAUUGAAUCAAAAAAUAAAGCAGUUAAAGGAAAUAAUGAUCUUGUAUUCAACAAUAGUGUUGAUACGUAUAGAAACGUGAUUUUCACAACUCACGAGGAAUCAAGACCUGGAUAUAUACCUUUUGAAAACAUAACAUCAGAAAGAAAUUAUAUGUAUGAUCCAAAUUUAUCGGUUACAAAUCAGAUUCAUUUGUCUGAUCUACCCAAAAGGGAGAAUUUUUUGAUAGGAAUAAACCCUUAUGAUGAUCCUGAAGAUUCUUUUAAGUCUUAUUCUCAAUCUUACCCAAGCAACGAUAUAAUGAGAAACAGGAAUUUGUACCCUUUGUCAUGGUCAUAUUCGGUAAGAAACAGUCCCUCAUAUAAAGCUUUGAGAAAUUUUGCACUUGUAGAGAAACAUCAAAUGAAUAACUUCAAAGCUGGAAUAACGUAUGAUAGAUUAAAAAAGUUAAUGGUUCCAAAAGAUGAUAUAAUAAAAAAGACAUUGAAUAUAGAUGAAAAAAUUGUUUCAACAUUUCAAGCUAAAACCGAUACACAAGAAGAAGAAAGUUUAAGUGGUAAUAAUCAAACAAAUAACGAUCCACAAAUUCAUAAACCAAUCAACAUAUCAACUUUGUCUUUAGGUUUAAGCGUGUUAGGAGGAGCUAAGGAUCGAGAAUUCACAUUGAUUGAGCAAAUCAAAAUGUUAAUGCCACAAAAAAAAGUUAUCUGGCUACUAAUAAGAAGAUUUAUGUUGAUUUUAUAUCCAUUUAUGCCUUUUUUAAUUGAGGGGGAUUUUAGGAAGUCAAUUGAAAGAAUUAUUGGGCCUGAAUCUUAUGAGCAAAUAGUUCCAAAUGUCAAGAUCGAAAAUAAAGUUGAUUUCAGUCAAAUUGGUAUUUUAUUAGUUGUAUUAAGACUUAGUUAUUUAUCAUUGUUUCACAACAAGGGAUCUCAUAAUGAAAAGAUAUUAACAAAGAAAGAUUUAACAUACGAGGAAGAAGAAAGAAAAUAUUUAUUGUUGAAUGCUGUUCCUAUUGGAAGUGUUUGUGUAGCGCAAGCAUGCUUGUUUUAUUCAGAAAAACUUGGUAUUGUUAGUCUUCCUAUGCUACAAUGUGCAGUGUAUAUCAGAAUGUAUCAAAUAUAUGCACCUGAAGAAGGUGAUGGAUUAGAGGGUGGGAAUAGCCAAAUCCAAAAUAGUACAUUGGUUUCGAUGAGUUACAUGUUGGGAUUAAAUCGUGAACCUGAUAAAAACCCAGACUUCAAGGAUGAAAAAUUGAAAAAUUUAUACAGAAAAAUUUGGUAUUUUGUGUUGCUGAUGGAUUAUCAUCAAGCCUAUACUUAUGGUGCUCCAGCACUGAUUAGAUUAGAGUCGUAUGAUACGAAAAGACCUUAUUUGUCAGAAUCAAAUUCAAACUUGAUUGAUAUAGAGCAAGACAAAACGUCUUACUCUUUAUAUGCAUUUAUUUCAGCAUUAGUCAAAGGUCCGAUAUUGGAAAUAUUUGAUUUAUACUCGAAAGUGAGUAACAAAAUCAAAUUAUAUGAACUAACCACUCAUCUCAAUUGUUUGGAACUUGGUGUCAGAAAAAUUUUUGGUAAAACAGGUGAUUAUAUCUCUCCCUUAGAGGAAACCAACAGUAGCUAUCACACAAAUAAGUUAAUGAAGAUUGCAAUUUUAUUGAAAAUGUACUCAUUUAUGAUGUUAAAUUAUUGUUUUUUAUUCCAUUUUUAUGAUCCGAUUAAUAGUAAGCUAUGUUUUUUUUACCUCAAAAAACUAUUAGCUAUUGGAAUGAAUGAAGUUUUACCAUCAAUAUUUGCAUUAAUCGUCAGAGGUCAAGAACUUUUUGGAGAAGGUUCGGAUUUGUAUUUGAACCCUACGCUAAUUCAAGUUGUUACAAGAAUUAGCGAUAUUUGUUUAAUAGGUAUAAUGAGAAGUAACUUUGCACUUUACAAAAUGCUGAAUAAUUCAUGGCAUAAGCAUUGUAUCAAAAAUGAUACGAACUAUAAACAGAAAUUUGAUUCUACUAAUAGGUUUAUAACAUUGAUGGAGAAAUCAUGUCGUGUUUGUUUAACAGCUGUUUCAAUUUUAAGUAAUAGAUAUUACUUUGCAUGGGAGGUGACGAGAAGUCAGAACUAUUACUUGAAACUAGUAACGAGUCAAGAAUUUUACAAAAAGAAUGACUCAAAGGGUUUAGAAUUUUCAGAUUCAAUAAUCGAACAUAUGAGUGAAUUGUCGGAUGUUGCUGAAAUAGGAUUAGAUGAAUUACAAGAAAAAGUCGAUAAAUAUUGCAGAGAAGUUGACAUUCCUUCGUUGUUCAGGAAAACUGAAAUGCCUAAUACAUACCAAUAUAAUAAAGCUAAUGAAUCGUCAUCGAGUAAACCAAUGCACAAUUCAUACUCAGGUUCAAUCACUACAACAACCUCUCCUUCGUCAAAUGGUAUUCCUACACCAGGAAGCGUUGCUUCCAAUGGUUUAUAUUUUACAGGCUUUGAUGAUUUGACUUUUGAUAAUAGUCAAGAAAUUGAUUCAAUUUGGUUGCAAAUGUUAUCGUUUAAAAAUGAAAAAGAGAACAAAGGAUAUUCGAGUUCUCAAGGUAGUCAGCAAACUAAUCAACAACAACAAACUGUUCAAACUCCGUACGAACAACAGCAGAUGCAGCAACCCUACGGACAACAUGGCGCACAUUCGGAAGGACAACAAAGUCUGUUACAAAAUGUUCAUCAGCAACACCCUCAGUCUCAUCCAGGAAACAAUGUGUCAAACGUGAGAAAUUUUGAUCAUGAUAAUGCCAUAAAUGUGGCUUAUGACUCGUUCGGAAAAUUAAAUGAUCAAUAUUCCAAUUCUAUAAAUACUCAAAGUCAAUACCAAAGUCUGAGUGAUCUUAACAAUGUAUCAGGUCAUAGCAAUAUCUAUCAACAAGAUAAUUUGUUCAAUUACUCAGAACUAUUUCAGGAUUUACCAUUAGAUAAAAUUUUCAAUAUGUGA